AUGGCAGUGUGUGUGGUGGCCGUGUGCCUCCUGGUGCAGGGGGGAGAGGGGGCGUCUUCCCUGAGUAGGCGCAGAAGGGAGCUGGCAACAUUGGUGGAGGGUGUGGAGGCGUGGGAAGCCUCUCAGGUGUGCAGCUUCCUCACCACAGCUAUUCUAUUUGGCGAUCCCACCCCGGUGAGUUCCAGCGACUGUAAGACUCCUGAUGGCGCCCCCGGGAGGUGUGUGCCUCUGUCGGAGUGUCCCUCGAUCAUGGAUGGCCUCACCUCUAACAGAACCAGGGCCUUCUUCUCCUUCCUGCAGGCCACUCCCGCUACUAGCACCACCACCACACCUGCCCCUCCCACCACCACCACCACAACUGUUGAUACCACACCUGUGUCCACCGAUGCUCCAGAAGAAACAAGCACCACCACAACCACAACCACCACCACCACGACCACGACAGAAGCUCCCACUACCACCGCCACCGCCACGACCACCACGGGGACCUCACCACACGGGGCGGACCUUCUGCCAGAGGAGGACACCUGUGGGAAGAGUGACGAGUUGGCCAGAGUGAGGAUUGUGGGAGGAACUGAACCCAAGGAAGGCUCGCAUCCGUGGCUGGCUGCCCUGGGGUACGAGAACAGCCGGGGAAACACGCAGUUCUUGUGUGGCGGGGCGCUAGUGACCAGCCAACACGUGGUGACGGCUGCCCACUGCGUGAAGGACCGCGCCGACUUGACCGUGGUUCGCCUCGGGGACCACGACUUGGAGAGGGAGGAUGACGCAAACCACGAGGACUUUGGCAUCGAGAAGUCCACCCUCCACCCUGACUACAACACUCCCACCUCCUUCGCUAACGACAUCGCGGUCAUUAAGCUGUCCAGGCCCGUCAACUUCAGGAAGGACCUCCUGCCGGUGUGUCUGCCGCUGUCUGAAUCCCUACACAACAAGUCCCUCGUCGCCUUCUUCGGAUACGUGGCGGGCUGGGGCGCUGUCUCCUUUAAUAACGUGUCUUCGUCCGUUUUGCUGCACGUGCGCCUUCCCAUCCUGAGCGAGACGGAGUGUGCCCUCAAGUACAGCCGCUUCAGGAACAUUGCCGUAGACGAGACGACCCUCUGCGCAGGUGUGGGAGGCAAGGACGCGUGUCAGGGUGACAGCGGUGGCCCUAUGGUGGUAUUCCUUGAGGGCAGGUGGCGUCUUACAGGGGUAGUGUCCUUUGGGUUCCGCUGCGCUGAGCCUAACUUCCCCGGAGUCUAUACAAAAGUCACACAUUACACAGACUGGAUCCUCUCCUCUCUGGAUUAGUGGACGGGAAAGGUGAGGAGAGGAAGGGAGGAAGAGAAAGCGUGGGGGGAGAUAGAAAGAGGGAGGGAGAGAAGGAUAGAUACAUGGGACGGAGAAAUAGAUAGAUGGGAUGAGAGACAGACAGAGGGAAGGAAGAAGACAGAGGAGGGGAAGGAAAAGAGAGAGAGAGAGAGAGAGAGAGAGAGAGAGAGAGAGAGAGAGAGAGAGAGAGAGAGAGAGAGAGAGAAGCAUUAAUAAAAAAAAAUAGAAUAAGAGAAAGAAAGAAAGAUAGAUAGAUAGAUAGAUAAAAAGAAACCAAGAAGGAAUUUUUGUUAAAAGCUUUAGGAAGAGAAAUAAGAGAUAAAAGAAAGGAAGAGAUAGAGGGUAUUAAGACUAUAGAGAAAGAAAAGCAUUAGGUAAAUAAAUAAAAAAAAAGGGGAUAAAGAAAUAAGUGGGUAACCUUAGGAAUUAUCAUAGAGAAUAAAGAAUAAAUAAAUAGAUAAAUAAGCAAAAGAAAGAAUGAAGCUAAUGUAGGGAAUGAAAGAAAAUAACGAUUCCCCCUCUCUCUCUCUCUCUCUCUCUCUCUCUCU